UUUCAUGUCACGGGCCACACUGCUCGCGAGGCGCUUGCAAGGAGGAGGAUGAUGACCAUGAACGGCAAGCAGCACUUUUCCAUGCACCCGGCCGUGCACGACCCCAAGUACACCGGCCUACACUCAGGCUCGGAUGGUAUGCGAAGGGUCUGUCUGCCGGCCCCGCAGCUCCAGGGCAAUAUAUUCGGAGGCUUUGAUGAGAGCCUGCUGGCACGGGCAGAGGCUCUGGCGGCUGCUGACAGCAUUGUCUCUCACGGCAAGAGUCACCCGUUCAAACCAGACGUGACGUACCAUACCAUGAACAGUGUCCCCUGCACCUCAGUCGCCUCUUCUGCCUCCACCACCGUGCCCAUUUCCCACAUCCCAUCGACCCUCGCAACCCACCAUCACCACCAUCACCUCGGACAGAGCCUGGAGGCCGGGGACCUCCUGGACCACCUCUCCACCAGUCUGGCCGUGACGGGGAUGGGUGCCCAAGAACCCCCAGGGAUGACAACGACGGCUCACCAUCACCAGCACCCGCACCACCACCUGCAGACCAUGGGGCAGCUUCACCAGGCGAUGGCCACUAUGGCACAUCCGCACUCGCUGUCAAUGCACGGCGGCAUGGCGUGCGUCAACGACGUGGAGUCAGAUCCCAGGGAGUUGGAAGCCUUCGCGGAGCGUUUUAAGCAGAGGAGGAUCAAACUCGGGGUGACCCAGGCGGACGUCGGGUCAGCGCUGGCCAACCUCAAGAUCCCUGGAGUGGGGUCACUGAGCCAGAGCACCAUUUGCAGGUUCGAGUCCCUCACCUUGUCUCAUAACAACAUGAUUGCGCUCAAGCCGGUUCUCCAGGCCUGGCUGGAGGAAGCGGAAGCUGCUCACCGGGAGAAAAGUAACAAGCCGGACCUUUUCAACGGGAACGAGAGGAAAAGAAAGCGCACUUCCAUCGCGGCGCCGGAGAAGCGCUCUCUGGAGGCGUACUUCGCCAUCCAGCCCCGGCCUUCCUCAGAAAAAAUCGCGGCCAUCGCAGAAAAGCUGGACCUGAAAAAGAACGUGGUUCGAGUGUGGUUUUGCAACCAGCGGCAAAAACAGAAACGAAUGAAAUACUCUGCGGUGCACUGAGGUUUUUUCUUCCUCUCAUCAUGAAUAAAAUAGCCUACUACAUUUUUGAUCGAGUGAUUAAUAAUAGCCUAACAGGGAUUUAUCAUCAACUCUUUGGGUCUGGUCCGGGAAAAGUCUCCACAAAAAUACUCCGCUGUUUCUUUGAACGUUUCUUUUUGUGUCACUCACUCGUUGCACUUUUUAGAUUUUUGAUAUUGGACUUACAGACACGUGAGGAGAUGCUGAUGUCAUUUAUCCACACUACAGGGAGUCGAUCAUAGUCGAUUCUGCCCUGACAGAUCCACACAUUCAGGAUCAUUUAGUUAAACUAAAUGGAUUUCAGGUUUUCAGGAUUGUUGAUGUUAAAGCGUUGAAAUUCCUUCAUUAAGAAAGACGACGGAUUUGUGGUUCUGUGAAAAUGAGUUGUAAGUUGAAUUCCUUUUGUAUGGCUGGUUUAAGUCAGAAACGACUCUCCACUAUGCAGUAGUAAACACGUUGAACUGUCAUUUCACCUUCCUCCGUCCUACUUUUCUGACUUAAACACAACCAACUCCACGUUU